GAAGCGACCAAAUGGUAAUGUAAACAAGAGUUGCUGGGAUGUUGGUGGUGGACUGUUGCCGAAAUUUUCUUCAUUUUUGGCACUUCAUCUCACUUUUUUAUCCUUUGAGUAUCUUCUAACAAGUACCAAGUGUCGUACCCGACGUUGGAUACACUUAAAAUGCCAAUUUUAAGAGAUGGUGUAUGCAUUGAUGAGCAGUAGCCGAAAGGAGAAGUAAGGAGGAUGGUAGAAGUUUUUAGAGAGAACACACAUUUGUAAUAGUGGGGACUCUUGACUGUGGCUACCACUCACAGCAACAACAGUGCCGCCAGAGUUUCUAGCAGCAAGCCAUUUGUAAAUUUCUCCUGGGGACUCAUUGACUUGAGAUUGUUAUCUUUUCCAUGAAUUGCCAUUUGACCAACAGGAAGGUUUAUGGCAUCAUUAACAGCAAGCAUUCAUUGUGUAUUUAUAUAGUAAUUUUGCAUAAUCUCAGUGUGGUGUUGUGGAAAACAGAUCUUGAACUUGACACUAAUAUUAUGUGAAUUGUUUGACAGGCAAAAUAGUGCAGCUGUAGGCUGAAUGACCAGGAAUUAAAUGCGACAGAUUUAUGAUUUUCUGCCGCUGCAAACGUGUGAAUAAAUACUUGGAAUCUCCAAGUGGAUAUGAAGCGUACCACGUAGCCACAAACAUGUCUGGCCGCCAUCUGAGCUCCGAGGACCGACGGGAGCUGGCCCGACUAACUAAAAUAUUGACCCAAAAGAUUGUACAAGUGGUUGUGCAGAGCAGACUUGGAGAGAAGGCCCUCACAAAGUCGAAGGCACCAGCACAAGGAUCAGAAUGGUUUAAUUUGGGCAUUGAGGACAUUCACGAGAUACAGCAAGAGACGAAAAGAGGGUUGGGAGGUCAUCUACCGGAUGUUGGGAAACCACUCGUGGUGGAGAUUCUCCUUCGGACUCCAGAAUCAGACAGCUUGGUCCUGGAACUCUGGACCCUUAGGAUCUUGGAUGCUUGUGACACGUCACCUGCCAGGAUAAAUCCAACGAUAUACAAUCGAAUGACGGUGCUACUCAAGUCUCUGCUGGCUGUGACGCGCAUCACUCCCGCAUACAAACUGGCCUUCAGACAGGGGCCUGAUUCAUUCAUCAUCUGUUACCGUGUUUAUCUCGGCGACCCCAACUAUGACUGUCUCGGGGAGAACCAGGUCCAGGCACGUCUUGGUCAGGUGACGACUCCAGAGUCAACGCUGCUCCUGUGUGUGAGUUAUAGAACUCAGAUCACCCUUGCACCACCCAAUCGCAGUCCAGCGCAUGAUACUAUUAUGCUCAAAAGCGAUCACUUCAAGCCGGAAGUCUCGCCACGCCACUGCCGCCGCGGUGCUGACAGAGGAAAUGAGAGCAGUGAGGCCACGCAGGCGUCGGAUGACAGCCAGGAUGCUGCCCGUCUCUUUACUGCAUCUCCUCUUGAUCAACCGUCCACACCUCGUUCCAGAACUAGCAGUGACAGCAGCUGCCGAGGGUACAUGCAGCAGCAGCAGCAGCAGCCGCCACCAGAGCGGAAAGUGUCAGUAGCCUUUGUUGAUGCCAAGCCACCAAAGCCGGAUGACUUUUUCCUGCCGGAUAUACCAUUUUUUAACCUUCUUACCUCCACCAUUGAAGUGCAGCAUGAGAAGAAGGUAGAGAAGUAUGAUGGGGCAGCUAAUAUACAGUCAAAUGCAGCUCAGGAAAAGAAUGCUCAGGAGAGAGUAGGGCCAGUGAGUGGGGCGACAACUGGUACAACUCAACAUGAAGGCGGGGAGAAAGCCAUCAUGACAACCUCGGACGGUUCUCAUAAGUCCAACACCUCUGCACAUCUCAAGGAGGAGGCUGAUUUUGUCAUGGUUGAAUUGAAAACUCCAUUUGUGGGGACAUAUGACACUGGCAAUGACCUGGGAGCUUUCUACCGGGAGUGCCAGAGUGCUCCUCCCCUCCGAAUGUUUGCUGACACCCCUGAAGAUGAAAUUAGUGGUCUGACAGAGCAGCUCUUGACCUUUGAGGCCAAUAUGGAUGAAUAUGAUGAAUUGGUGAAAUCUCUUCAUUCUGAGAAUAGUCCAAACAGCCCAGACUAGACUAUAUGUGAACAUUAAGUUAAUCUUAAAUGGGAUUUGAGUGUAAAUGGUCAUGCCAAUUAACUAAGUGCUAUAUUGUAUUUUAUUAAAUAAUCAUACCUUUUCCAAGAUGGCUUCUCUGUUGUUUGUGGCUAGUAAUAGGACUUAUUUGAUUAAAUUUUCUUAAAAAAAAAACCUGUAAAUUUCAACAUCACAUAUCUUAAAUUUAGUGUUUUUAGAUAAUGACUCGCAGUAUUUACCCUAAUCACGGCAGGGUGUGCUUACUGUUACGUUUUGUUUAUGCAUUUUAUAAAACUCGGCUCAAAAUCCAACCAGAAGUUUGUCCAUUGCAGUUGACCAUUUUACUGGUUACUGCAAGGUAGUCCAUAUAUUAUGAGAGUAUUCUAAUGAAGGGGGCGUUAAAUUUGUUUUAUUUUGGUGGGAGAGCCCAGACAUGGAGUGGCUGAUGUUUCUUGUUCCUCUCGAUGUGUAUGUUGUAUAUAUUUAGAUAUGCACUGGUAUGUCUCCCAUGUACAUGGUAAAGUAUACAAUAUAAAUAUUUUACAUGUCUCGUGCAAACUUAUUUAUUUAAAUAUAUGUAUAUACUUGCAAGAUGAACACAGCACUGUUUAUAAUGCCUGAACACAUGCAUAUAGCACAGACUAAGCUAUGUAUACAUGCACACACAUCUGUAUGCAGUCACACCUUCACACUUAUAAAUAGACCCAAGUGCAUUUACAUGCAUGUUUGUGUUAUCAUGUAUGUGUGCAUGCAUUAAUAUAUAGUCAAACAUACACUCAUCCAUCAAUAUCCACCCAAACACAUUCACAUAUAGUUCAUUUAUAUUAUCUGAUGCACAUGUUUCCCUGUACCCCAAAACACUCCUGAUACUUUGUCAGAUUCACAAAUGCCCAUAUACUAUACUCCAAAACACACCUGCUUCUUCCUAUCAGCUGCACAUGUGUCCCUAUACUCCAAAACACACCUGCUUCUUCCUAUCAGCUGCACAUGUGUCCCUAUACUCCAAAACACACCUGCUUCUUCCUAUCAGCUGCACAUGUGUCCCUAUACUCCAAAACCCACCUGGUCCUUCAUAUGAGAUGCACAUGUCUCUAUAAACCCAAAACACAUCUACUCCUGAGUGCAUAACCAUGACCCAGCAAUGCUCAUAUUUCACUAAUAUUUAAGAUUUAUCAUUAUGGCUUACUGCACACGAGUAUGUAAUAACGUUUUUUAAUUUAAAGAUUUUAUGGUAACUCUGAACUGAAUGGAAAUGGGAUAGUUUCAGACUUGACAUGGAAAGUUUUGGGACUUAUUACAGGAAGGUUUAGGACUUACUAUAGAAAGGUUUGGAACUUAUUACAGGAAAGUUUGGGACUUAUGGGAAGGUUUGGGAUUCAUCCUGGGAAAGUUGUGGUUACUGUAAACAAAACUGGUACAGUAAUCUUAUUUACUCAGUAUACUAUUUGUGUUAAUUGCAAAGGUUCUUAGUUUAAAAGCAAAUAGCCAAUGUUUUUUGACUGUAAGAAAGAUAAAUUUUGUGUUUUAAUUAUCUAAUACUAAUUAUAUAAGUCAUUGUCUUUGAUGAGAAAAAUUAACUGUGUAUGAAGCAUGUAAUUAUACUGUUCAGUACAUAAUAUAGGCCAAAGUAAGGGAAACAAUGUAAAACCACUGUAUUAGUACUGAGAUGUUAAAACUUAAUUCACAAGGAAGACAAGAGAAUUAUCAGGUGGCAACUCCAGCAAGAGAGCUAUUAGACUGCUCCACCUGUGAGAGUGCCAAGAUGUGGCGGCUCCCACAAGAAAAUGAGCAGAUAGCAGCUCCAGUGAGAGCUGUAAGAAGCAGCUACUCCAGUGAGUGUGUCGAGGGUUGGUGGCUCCAGUGAGAGCUGUAAGAAGCAGCUGCUUCAGUGAGGAGAGCCAAAGGGUGGUGCCUCCAAUUUGUUUGCAAUAAGUAUUAAUUAAUAGAUAGCCUGUAACCCAUUAAUUAAAAACAAUUAUUUUUUAGCUGGCAAAACUGUUAAAUGAAGUCUUCAGCACAUCACCUACAUUUACUGGGAUAGUGUGAAGACAUAUAAAACAAAUUAAUAUUAGUGAUUACUAAGGAACAGAUGAUAUUAUUUUGUAAACCAUACAUCAGUGUCAAAUAUUCUAUAGGAACCAAGUGAUUUCUUAAUCUGCUUGUCCAUUAUUUUCCUAACAGGAAGAGUGUCUGCUUGUGUUGCAGCUAGCCUUAGCACGGGUCAGAAAGAGAUAAUAAUUUGCAGACAUGAAGAUGAUGGAGACUGCAAGUGAGACAUUAUUUGCUCUGUCAGACUGCUGUUUGAAGGUGGUGUUUAGUGAAUUGUGAUAAACAGCAGCAGAAAAAACUUACAAUUAAGCAUUGUAAAAGCAGUUGAUUCUUUCAUCUGUAUGGAAAAUUACCUUAGGAUGAUGCUUUUGGCAGUUGAGGGGGAGAUUCCGCAUGAUCUGUUUGUCUCGCAAUGAUACUAGAAGUUUGCAACAUGAGGUAUGUUAUUGGAAGAGCUUCCUAAUAGCCUGUCCUCCCAGUGAUACUUGUAUUGUAAGCUAUGUGUUCAUUCAUGUGGGUCCUCACUUCAUCCUCAAAUUCUGUCCCUCCAUUUGUAUUUUCGUUCUUGCAUCAUUGGCCAGUCAUUUUGGAUAGCUGCAACAUUUGCCACAUUGCUGUACUACUGUGAUGCUUGCUUAUAUUUUUUUACUGCUAUUAAUAGGUCAUAUUUUGCUUUAACAGAGAACAAUAGAUGUUAGAAAUAAAUAGGUGGACAGCAGUCAGAUUUUUUAGUAGUUUUAUUGUAGGUACUUAAGGCCAUCUUAUCUAUUGAAUCAAGUGAUUGUCACCUGAUCCAAAGAUUAUUUGGAAACUGGUAACUCACUUCGCUCACUAUUUAAAAAGAAACAUCAGUUCUAUUUACCUUAAGAGCUGUUAGUUUCAUACAAAAAAAGGAGUUACCCCAUGAGUUACCCUCAUUUUACCCAUAAUUCAUUUAUAUUAUAAUCAAAUGGGCUAUGCUUCCAAAAAUCAUAGUCUUCUUUAGCUGUCAUCAUGCCUGGUAACAAUUGCCCAGGUUGGAAUCUGGGUAUUUUUAUAUUAUGCUGCAAACCAGGCAGAUGAUAGAGAGGCAAUUUGUCCAUCUUUUCUUCUCUCCUGUGCCAUUGAAGACUCAUGCAUUGUGGUAUCAGAUAGCAUAAUCUUAUGUUGGUACCUUUUGGACUUUACAUUAUGUUAAUGAAAAAAUAAAUAUUAGUAAUUAUGCAUAAUUGGUAUAGAGUCUUGUGCUAAUGAGUGUAUUGCUAUUGUUGUGUUGCACUGGAAAUAUGUAAGACUGAGAAAAUGACAAUUAUUCUUGAAUUCCUUUAUUUAGAAUAAUUGAGCUAUUAAUGUGAAUCCUUUAUCCAAUUAAGUCCUUUAAUUAAAAAUAUUAAUGAUUUUAA